GUGCCACAGGGACUACUAAAGAUGUAGCAGAAGAAUCUGUAUCAGAUGAUGACAAACGGAGGAACUACGGUGGCGUCUAUGUUGGCCUGCCGUGUGCGCCUGCCAUGGUUUCCAGUCAGACAAAAGCUGCACCGAAAGAUUAGAAGGAAAUAAACACAUCAAGAUGCAGACAGCCGGAG